AGCUGUCAGCGGAGCAGCGUGUGUAGUAGUGGAGUCUACAGUGGAGCAGCUGAGCUCUGUUUUGAUCCCACACUGAAAACCGCUGUAGUGCAGUUGGACUUGACGUCUAGCGACACAACAUCAUCAAGCACUCUAACAAGCAGUCGCUGCAGUUUAACACGUUAGCGACUGCGUUUACAGCUGUUGUGCCAAUGUGAGAGCGCCUCAGAAGCUCGUGCUGAGCUCCAGACUGCAGCAGCGGGACAAAAGACAUAAGAAGAGAAAGACAGGACGGGAGUAAGAACAAAAAACAAAAAAAAGGAGCAAGAAGACCCCAAGGAGGCAGGAUGUUGAUCAAAGCAGAGUUUAAAAGACAAACCUGACCCUGAAGGAGACACAAAGACCAAAACUUUCAGUUGAAAAACACCCACACUAAAACUUCUCAAACUUCUGUCUGUCCUCCUCAAACCACGGGGGCUCAGCAAUUAUUCCCAAAUGAAAAACCCUGAACUCUUCUAGAAAGACAUCAUUUCAAACCCCCACAUUUUGUGCAUUGACUCCAAACCCAGUAAACACUGUCCAAAGACACUGUCCAUACCAUCGAUUCUUUGGCUGAAACAAUCACCGCUGCGUUUUAAUUGGACCACACUGUUACUGAGGAGCCAAUGCCAGACACUGACACACGACAAGGUUUCUCGGCGCUACACAUGGACUGUUGAUGAAGAGAAAUGGCAGUGAGAAUGUCAGGUGCCACCCCUUCCUCUCGGCCACCCUCCCUCCCCCCAGUGGACGCGGCUCGGACUGGUUAAGGUUGGUCUAUUGGCAUCCAUCGCAGCAGCAGCAGCUGACAGAGUGCAGGAAGGAGCAGUAAUGCAGGAAGCUGACUUACCGGCCACAAAUGCCUUUAAAGAGUGCAAGUUCCACUGCACCAAUGGGAAUUGUCUGCGUCUGGGCUCACUGAUCUGCAACCAGCUGAAUAACUGUGGGGACAACAGCGAUGAGGAGAACUGCCCCGUGGUCACCCAGCAUCCUCCACCGGGCAUCUUCAACUCUGAACUGGAGUUUGUUCAGAUUGUCAUCAUUAUUGUGGUGAUGACAGUGAUGGUGGUGGUGAUCAUCUGCCUGCUCAACCACUACAAGCUCUCCACCUGGUCUUUCAUUACACGGCAGAGCCAGGCCCGCAGGCAUGACCAUGCCCUGCAGCAGGACGGGUGUCUGUGGCCUUCAGACGGCAGCUCUCGACAAGGUGCCUCGGAGGUGUUGUAUGCUCCCCAGGCCAGGGAUCGUUUCACUGCUCCCUCAUUCAUGCAGCGAGACCGCUUCAGCCGCUUCCAGCCCACCUACCCCUACCUGCAGCACCAGAUCGACCUGCCACCCACCAUAUCGCUGUCGGAUGGUGAAGAACCCCCACCCUACCAGGGUCCCUGUACCCUGCAGCUCCGCGACCCAGAGCAGCAGAUGGAGCUCAACCGCGAGUCGGUAAGGGCACCACCCAACCGUACCAUCUACGACAGUGAUUUAAUCGACAUGGGAGGAGGCGGGAGUCUGGGUAGAGGAGGUGGAGGCACGGGAGGUGGCGGUCCAAGGCCGCCCAGUAGUAACUCGGGCAUCAGUGUGGCCAACUCCAGUAACCACGGGCGCAUGGAGGGCCCCCCACCGGCAUACAGCGAGGUAAUGGGAAACUAUCCCGGAUCUGCGUUCUUUCUACACCAGCACAGCAAUAACCAGAGGGUGGGAGGGCCGGGCGGCAGGACGAUCCAUCAGCAGAGCCAAUCAGAAAGCACAAUAGUACCUGCCAAGGCCAAGGAUGGCCAUCCAGAUGACCUGGUGUGAACUAAUGGCUGGCAGGGCCCUGGACUGACAACUGUAUUGUCCACUUUGUCCUGUUUAUCAGUAAGAAGUGGACUCACUCACUCACACUCUGACUCUUACUCUCUCUAUCGCUCUCUAAUGUUCUCCUUCCACACGCUCAUGCACAAAUUAAUAUCAACCUUAGCAACAAGAAAAGCAGAAAAGAGAAGAAGCAGGAGCAGAGAUCAGGACGAAUGCACUGCAUGGAGACUUUUGUUUUCCUCUCCAUCACAUGAGAAAGAAACAUACUGCUAGCACAGAUUGAAAAUAUUUGCUUUAUUUGCCCCAUAUCUGUGGGAAUUAAGGACAAUGUUGUUUUUUGCUUUCCUGCUAUCUUUGUAUUAUUAUUUUUUAUUUUUUUUUGCCCUUUUUUUUUUUUUUCAUUUUUUUUUUUGGACCGGGAUCUGUGCACAAAGCGAGGACCGAGCUGAGAAUCAAGGACAUGCAGAGAACACAAGCAAACAAGAGAGUCACAAAAUCCAAAUCUUAGUGCCAAGGUUCACAAAGGAAGCAAAACACAAGCGUGGAAAUGACUCACUCUGACAUUGAAAACACACUCACAAAAAAAGAAAAAGUUGCACUAUCCUUUUGCUGUACAAGAGAAGAGGGGAAACAAUGCUAUGUGAGGAUGAAAAUUAUUCAGAUUUUUUUUUUAACUUUGCAUUUACUUUUUGACCUUUUCACAAAUGGACUGACUGAACUUUGGCUCCAAACAGAUGGGAGCAAAAAAAAGAAAACAGAAAAAAAAACAACAACAAGUAUUAUAAGCUUAUCUCCUUCCUUUUUUGAAUACCACAAGAAGUACUUGUACCCAGCCUAUGACAUCUCUGUCUGCUUACACCACAGGCACAGUGAGACUUAGUAAGAGAAUAACCUUGAACUGCUUCAUUUUGUGAGUACACUUCAGCCUAGUGGAGAUGGAAUCUGCUGUGUAAUCUGCUUC